GGAGGGCGGGGCGCGCUCCCGCCGCUCGGCCUCUCCGGCCUCUCCGGCCUCUCCGGCCGCCCAUCCCCACCUGAAACCCCGCCUGCCACUCUGCCCAGCGGAGCCAAUCCGCGUCCGAUCUUCCCGUGGUGGGGCGGGGCUUAUGCAAAUCGUGUCUCCUGCGAGAGGCACAUAGUGAUACAAGAGCUGGGAGGCGGCUCCGGCGCGGACCUCGGAGAGCCUCGCCGCCAGCCCGCCAGCCAGCCUCGUCCCCCGCGGCCCGCCGAGCCAUCAGCCACCCGGCGAGCGGCCUCAGGCCCCGCCAUGGGGAAGACCAACAGCAAGCUGGCCCCCGAGGUGCUGGACGACCUGGUUCAGAACACGGAGUUCAGCGAACAGGAGCUGAAGCAGUGGUACAAGGGCUUCCUGAAGGACUGCCCCAGCGGCAUCCUCAACCUGGAGGAGUUCCAGCAGCUCUACAUCAAGUUCUUCCCCUACGGCGACGCCUCCAAGUUCGCGCAACACGCGUUCCGCACCUUUGACAAGAACGGCGACGGCACCAUCGACUUCCGGGAGUUCAUCUGCGCCCUUUCGGUCACCUCCCGCGGCAGCUUCGAGCAGAAACUCAACUGGGCCUUUGAGAUGUACGACCUGGACGGCGACGGGCGCAUCACCCGCCUUGAGAUGCUGGAGAUCAUCGAGGCUAUCUACAAGAUGGUGGGCACUGUGAUCAUGAUGCGCAUGAACCAGGACGGGCUCACACCCCAGCAGCGCGUGGACAAGAUCUUCAAGAAGAUGGACCAGGAUAAGGACGACCAGAUUACCCUGGAGGAGUUCAAGGAGGCAGCCAAGAGCGACCCGUCCAUUGUGCUGCUGCUGCAGUGCGACAUGCAGAAGUAGAGGCUGGUGAGGGGCAGGGCCCCUGGCCGUGGGGGGCAUGGCCGCCUCCCUACCUGAUGACCUCUCUGGCUGGUCCUUACCCUGGGGGAGGGGCACUCCAGCCUCACUCUCUGGCCCACUCCCUCCUCUCUGCCCAAGCCCUCCUUCCCCUCAGUCAAAAGAUCCUUGGGGGCCCACGUCGCCGUGCUAAAAAGCAGACAGGGCCUCAGGUGUCCUGUCAUUUAUCCCCACCCCCCAGCCUUGGCCCAGAACCAACAUCCCUUGGGCAAGGGGGCUUGGCUUUUGCCCCAAGAGGCAGGGUUAGGGAGGGGGACUGGGGUCCUGCUUUGAGAUUCUGCUGUUCCUGGGAUAUGCUUUGUAGAAUGUGGUCUCGCAGGCCCCACUCCAAGAGUCAGAUUGGGUGUGUCCUUUCCUGGGGACCCAGAACCCUCGAUGGUGGUCUGUGUCCUGCUCUCUCAAUGCUGCCUGGCCCCUCUGGCCCCAGCCUUUGGAGCAGCUCUUCAGUUCUUUCUUCAGCUAAAGUUUCUUGAGCACUUGCUCAGUGCCAGGCACCUCCAGGUGCUAAGGAUAAUGGCAGUUUACCUGACGCAGUCCUGGCCCCCAGGAGGCUCCAGAGGUGGACUUCCGGUGAUCAGAGUCUCCCGCAGCGAUGGUGGGAUGGCGAGCACAGCAGAGCCGAGGGCAUGCAGAGGCUGGCGAGUUUGAGAGGAACUUCAAAUCUUCCAGCUCAGCUCCACACAAAGCUGCAAAAGAGGGCCAGAAAAGUGUUGGCAAGUUCAGGAGAAAUCUGAGUGGACAUUUUAAGAAAAAUGAAAAUUUACAUAAUAGUUAUUUUUUUAUUACCCUUUAAAAGAGCUAAAGUCAUUUUAUGAGUUUAGGAUGUUAAAAUAUACUCUAUAUUAUUUGGUUUCUUAUAAAAUGAUUAAAUAAAUGUAGAAAAUUAUAAUCGUGGGGGGAAACCUGAGAAAACAGAAGGAAAUACUAUCAAACUCACCAGAAAAUGCUUUCUCUUGUCAGGCAAAGCCCUGAGCUGUCACCAUCAGCAGCUUUGUGCUGCUUCUGCUUCCUUUUUAUCACCUUUGCCAAGUCCACAAGGGACCCUCUAUCACACACUUACUCUGGUCGGGUGCUGACUUCAGGAACAGGAAAAGCAAGGUUUGCCAAGAGUGAGACAAAUGCGUGGCCCGGGUCUCGGUGCUUCACUUCUGGGUUUGGUUGCAUUUCAGGAAUGAGCUUGUUCUUUCACUACUACAGAUGCAGAAAGAGGUAGAGGUCAAGGACCACCUAGGCACCGGUCAAGGCUCCCAGGCUGCAUUUAUGGACCAAAUACCUAAAAAUGGGCUGGGCAUGCUCCAUUUGAAAGGCUUUUUCUAACCCCCAUCCUACAUCUGCCAGGUAACUCAUCAUCUUCCAAAUGUGCUGGCUUCGCUUUCCAGUUUUGCAUCCGUGAGCCAUACAUCUGCAUGCUUUGACUGCCAGAAAAAGUCAUUUUGCCUCUUCAGCAAGUCUUUCACUUCACUUUCUCCUGUACUUGUGAUCAGAAAUUAGCUUUGAUGUGCCGUGACAGUUGACUUCCUCUUGAACUGCGGGUGAAAACACACAGGUGCUGGCAGCCCAGGGUGGGAGGAAGGAGUGAUUGCUGACGUGGGGUACAGGGAGGCAGGGACUGCAUCUGCGGGAGAGAGACUCAGUGUACUCCUCACUACUGAGUGCUCACCAGUCCUGCUUCUCUGCAGGUGGAAAGUCUUGGGGAUGCUGCAUUGGACCUUGAGGUACCAAGACCACUAGGUUGCCACUCUUUCUGUCCUGCUUGUGUCACCAACAUGGUGACACUGGGGAGUUGACACCCUCAGACAGUAGCUAGCAGGUAUUUAUCCAGUAAAGCCUCAAGGAAUGUUCUGUUGCUCUCCAAAGCUGGCUAUUAGGUGUGUCUUGUGCUGUCAGUCAGCACCACAGACAUAAAUGUUCAGCAGCUGGGCUCAGCUCGGGACUUGAAUCUUCUAGCGGAAGACAUUUUCCCAAAAGUGGGGUUCCUUCCCUCCAAAAGAUUGAAUCUAGCUUUGCUCACAGUCACACAGAAUUCCAUGGCUUCCAAAGGCUCCCCUAUACCCCAUUCCAUUGCAUCCUUGCAGCCCAGGAAGGUGGGGGUUUUUGUCCCUUUUCUUGGAACUUGGAAGCCAAGGUUCAGAGAGGGGGAGUUUUUUGUGUAAGAGGUGACACCAGGCUCAGACAGUUUCUUCCCUUCUCCUCCCUGCUCAUUUCUCUGACUCUGUGUUGUAUGGAGGUUGUCUGUGGGGCAAGCCAGGUUGCUUUCACUUUAGUAUGCUUUCUGCUCAGAAGUUUUUGCGGCUACCGCCUUCCAAAAGGAACCAAAAGGAACUUCAACUUGGUUGAAGUUCUCACAUUUUCCUGUUUCCCAAGAUAUUUCCAAGAAUUUUGUUUCUGCUUCUGGGCAUCUCUGCUAACAUGCUAAGGUGGUUUUGGGGAUGGCAUCUGACUCAGCACCCUGGAAGCAUCUUCCUCCAUAAGAGAACAGUUUUUUUUUCCAAGCUGGGCAGGCAAGUCUUUCCCAUGAGGGGAUGUGUGAUCACUCCAUGUUACUGGACAUAUAACCAUGGGUGAUAUCUGCUGGUCAGGGCAAGUGUUCACAGAUAGCCCAGUAGUAUGAACACACACAAUGCCAGACCACGAUCUAGGACCACUAUCUUUCUGAUGCGUGGAGCUUCAGGUGGGCCAGCCUUGCUCCCACAUGCUCCAGGGUGUCCUGAGGAUUGUGCACCCAAGAGCUCCAGUGGUAGAGCCCUGGACCUGCCUUGAGAAGAGACACAUGUCUCACAUUCCAGCCUCAGCUGAGAAAGUCUUGCCACAUAGCACAAGUUUAACAGAGAUUUGCAUAUGACUUGCACAGACACAAAAAUAUCCAGACAGUUAAAAUCUUAAUAUAUCAAAAUUCCCCUCUCAAAUUGCAUGUAUUAGAGGAACUCUGAAUGGCAAGGUCUCAGAAUCUGCCUUCUCACAUAUUCUGUCUCCAUUCAUCCUUUUGGGCUCCAUCAUGAGCCCCUUACUUGCUGUCUCUAGAAAUCAUAGCCAGGGCUCUUUAACAUGCCCACUCCCAACUUACCAUUAAGUAAAAGUUAAGGAGAAAUGAGUUCAUAAGCAAAGGAACUAAAUUAGUUUUUUUCCUGGCAAUGGCAGACCCUCAUCUUGCUGCAGAGAGAGAGAGAGAGAGAGAGAGAGAGAGAGAGAAGGUAAGAUAUAGGGUGGGGAGAAGAAAGGAAAAAGAGAGGAAAAGAGAAGCAGCUGGGAUUUCUAGGCAGGGUAUUAAGCUGACACUGUACAUAUUUUUACACAAAAAUUCAUUAAAGCAACAAAUAUUUCCUGAAGGUCCACCCUGGGUGAGGCUUUGUGUUGACUUUAGAGAUCACUGUGGAGGUAAGAAUACAUUUCUUACAUGUUUUAUUCAUCAUUUUUGAAGAAAGAAAUAAUUUGAAUCCUACAAGUAAAGGUCCCAGAAAAGUGUAGGGUUUUCUUUCUUUUACUUUUGCCGGAGGGUAGGGGCAGAACCGAGCCUCCCGGGGUCGAUGGCCCUUCCUGCUCAGUGGAGUCUCAAGGCAGCAGGUACAAGGAGGCCUUGGGACACAACGGGGCUGGGAGGCAGAGGGGGGCCCCAGUUCCCCAGUGUAGCCCCCUCUCCCCUCCAGAUGUGCUAUUGUGGCUGUGCCCACAGUGACUGUCCUCACUGUUCACGCUGUGCUGUGUGGUGUGUUUCUUUCCCCACUGACAAUGAAUAAAAGGUGUGACUGCG